AUGAAACUACUUACGAGUAGUCAAUUCACAACAAAUCGUCGGCUGCUUUUGUUGUGCUCUGACCUCUCGACGUACGGUACAGAAGAUCCUGACUUGAGAACUAUUGUUGUGCUGGAGGAGGAAAUAAUGCUUUUCAGUUUGCGCAUUCUUCGUAGCGGAACUGAGCCAGCCCUGACGGCGGAUGGGGCCCCUAUCGGACAAGAGAACGCCUACUCACUCCACAACAAAGACGAGUUCAGCCCAAGAAAGAGGUUUUCUGCAACUUGUCGUCCUGCCUGGCAGGUUCUGAUGCAGCCCCUCCAGUCUCCAUUUGCUGCCCUCACCCCCUCUCCUUUCAAGAGCACAUACUCACUAUCCGCCAGACCUGAACUGCGUCAGGGUGGGGCUCUUCAGUGUAUAGACACUCUGAUUCAACCUUGUCCUCUGGUCGACGCCCACCUCGAGGGACGUCUUAAGAUCAGCCAACCGGAACGAAGUCACCCUUGGCCGCACCGUAACGGCGACGUCUGCCACGGCCUGGCCGAUCGGGUCUCGCGUCAGCGACCUCAGCCGACAACCGACCGUGUUGGCCACAGCUGA